GGAUUUUCUCAGCGACUCUAACAACUUUGUUGUUCGGCUUUAAUCUUCCUACUCAAUUUCACUUUCUCACUUAUUACAGAAGGGGAAAAGUUAGUUUGUUUUACUCACCAGACACGUGACAGGAGUCAGAAACGUUCCUGUGAAGUCUCCGUGUUUGUUUGUUUUUGAAUCCGUUGAUAGUGGAUCUGUUUGUGGGCGCCGGGAGGAGCUGCAGCCCGAUGCCGGCAGGUGAUGGAUGUCAACGGCCGGGGUUCAAGGUCGGAGCUGCAGAAGAAAACUUCCUCCUUCUCUCUUCUCUCUCCUGACAGCUGGUCCCUCAGAGGGAAGAAGAGGAAGCAGGCCAGCAGAGAUGCAGACUCCCUCAGUCUCUGCAGUCUGGACAUCAACGAGCCCAGCACCAAGCGCAGUAAACUUGUAUCCAGGGUGACGUCUCUGGUCGCCCUGCUGCCGCCCGUCAAGAGCGUACCGCUGAAGAGGAUUGGUCAGACGCUGCAGCGCUCCAUCAGUUUUCGUAAUGAGAGUCAGACGGAGAGAGCAGCUCAUCCUCCUCCCUCCUCCAUAAUGAAGACGCGCGCUGUGUCAGCGACAGUCUCCAACCCUUGCUCCUCCAUGACUGCCACACGGGUUUCCACAGCAACAGCCCCCGCCGCCAAGCGCCGUGACAGCAAGCUCUGGAGUGAGACGUUCGACGUCCGGCUGGGAGCGACGCAACCUCUGAGCCCAAAAGAGAUUAAACGACAAGAGGCUAUAUUCGAGAUGGCUCAGGGCGAGCAAGACUUGGUGGAGGAUCUCAAGUUGGCUAAGAAGGCCUACCAUGACCCAAUGCUGAAGCUGUCAAUCAUGACUGAGCUGGAACUUAACCAGAUCUUUGGCACUCUGGACUCGCUGAUACCCCUGCAUGAAGACCUGCUGAGUCGCCUCAGACACGCCAGAAAACCUGACGGAUCAACAGAACAUGUGGGACACAUCCUGACUAACUGGCUGCCCUGUCUCUCCUCCUACACGUCGUACUGCAGUAACCAGGUGAAGGCCAAGACCUUGUUGGAUCAGAAGAAGCAGGAUCGGCGGGUCCAGGACUUCUUGCAGCGCUGUCUCCAGUCGCCAUUUAGCAGGAAGUUGGACCUGUGGAACUUCCUUGACAUCCCCCGCAGCCGACUGGUGAAAUACCCGCUGCUGCUCAGGGAGAUCCUGAAGCACACGCCCAACGACCACCCGGACCGGCAGCACCUGGACGAGGCGAUGCUGAUGGUGCAGAGCGUGGUGGCGGACAUCAACAUGCGGACGGGCGAGUCGGAGUGUCAGUACUACAAGGACCGCCUGUUGUACACGGAGGACGGACAGAGAGACGAACUGAUUGACCGGUCCAGGACCCUCAGCUGCCACGGAGAGCUGAAGAACAACAGAGGACUCAAGCUCCACGUGUUUCUGUUCCAGGACGUCCUCGUCAUCACCAGGUCCGUCUCGCUGAACGACUAUCCAGUCAGCUACCAGCUCUGCCGCCAGCCAAUCCCCAUCCGGCAGCUGGACCUGGAGGACUUAUUAGACGGAGAGAUGAGAGUGGGCGGGUCCAUCAGAGGAGCCUUCAGCAACAACGAGCGAACAAAGAACUUCUUCCGUGUUUCGUAUCGCACUAGAGGUCAGCUGCAGAGCCACUGCUUCCAGGCCAGCGACACCUUCAACAAACAGCAGUGGAUCAACUGCAUCAGACAAGCCAAAGGAGCCGCAGCGCUGACUGGAGACCAGCCACCACAGACAGGACAAUGUGUGGAGACAGGGCUGGCUGGACAGAUAGGGCCGCUUGCUGAGACGGGUCUGAGUUUGGGGCAUGAACAUGAAAAUGGGAUGUGGGGGGAGGUGGAAACAGGGCUGGGUUCAGAAGGAGAGGUCGGCCUGAGCGGAGAGAAAGAUCUCGGUUUAGGUAAAGAAGCUGGGGUGGGUUUGACUCGAGAGACAACGACGGGUAGGGAGAUAGAGUCAGGGCUCGGUGUGGAUGGUGGGACGGGUUUGGAAUUAGAUGGAGAAACAGGGAAGGGCGGUGAGACGAGGCUGACGGAGACGGGUGAGAUGGAGACAGGGCAGGGUGCUGGUGGAGAGAUGGGAACCAGAGCAGACUGGAGGAUGGAUGGAGGUGGAGGAGAGACUCUGAGCAGAGGCGCUAAUGAUGUUCCCUCCUCCACUAUCUCCUCUGCUUCUCCCUGUCAAGAGGAGGAGGAGCAGGAGGAGAUGAAGGAGGAGCGGAGCGGCGCUGAGGAGGGGGAAGAGGUCGGCAUGGACACAGGUGAGGUUGAUGCACUGGAGGAGCUGAACCUCAGGUGCUGAUGCUGGGACCAAACAAACAGAGGAUGAUCAAAUCAAAUCAGAGACUUGAUGAUGAUGUCACUGACAGAACAGUCAUCAGACAUUAGACACUAAAAUAGUAUGUGAGUUUUGAGUUUGCAGUAUGUAUGAAACCAACAGUAGGUGAAUUGAAACUAUUUCUGGUGAACUAUGUACACAUUGGACACUGAGGCGGCUUCAAAAUCCAACAAUGCAAUGUGACGACAACGCUCAUAGUGAACAAGGCUGCUCUGUUACGAGAUACACAAAGAGUCCGCCUGCCGAAGGACUCCGACAGAAGUGAAGAAAACCCAAAAACUCAGGAGGUUCAUUGUGCUUGCUGUCAGGUGUUGCAGAGGCACGAGGCUCUCAGGAUGUGACGUGUGCGAAAAGAUAGGAAGUGCAUCGUAUGUGAUUUUGGACGCAGAAACCAAAGUGUUCCUGAAUGCUGUAGCUGCUGCACCCUGACUGCUGGUGAUGCCACAACAACGGUCGCCACACUCGGGAUCACCGGCCCCAUGAAACUGUACUAACUGCAUGGACGUAUUAGGAGAAGAGGAUACCGUGUUCAAAGAUGCUCACCAGGCACAUACUGCAAAAACAUUUCCCUCAGACUCAUAGAGCAACCACGGCUCUACAAGACUUUAUCUGACCUAAUGGUUCAAAUUCUGAUUAUACAAACACUCAAGUUGGAGUGUGAGUCUCAUCAAAAUAUAUAAUUAUGGUUUUACUGCCUUGUUGAAAAAGUAUUUUUGGGAAAGUGGCUGCAAAUUUUGUCCACUAUGCCAGAAAUCGCCCUGAAGCCUCAACGUCGUUCCAGUGCGUUGCAUUUAAAACACAGUGGAUGAGAAAGAGUCAUGCUUACAGCUGUGUCUAACGCUAUAUUGAAAAAUAUGAAACUGAGCAUUCAAGUCAAGAAAAUGUCAGUAUUGUGACUAUUGGUCAUUUACCACCGCUGUUGUAUAGAGUUGGUAAAUGUGGCAAGAACUCAGUCAGUCGGAGCGUGAGUUCUACAACGUUCCAUUAAACCGGUCAGGUCUAACUUGCAUCUUGUGUCUUCCAGAUGAGUUGAAGGAUUCUUUGCUCCUCAGUAGUUCUCCUAGCUUUCUAAAACUCUUUAAAUAAUGUCUUAAAAUCAGUUGUAAUGUCUGAAAACACUGGAGAAAACCGAGCUGUGCACCCUGUUCUGAUGGAUUAUCGAAGUUACAAAUGACUUAUUGGCUUAUUCAUUUGUGAAUGCAUGGAUGUAAAUGCACAUCCACCAAAAACUCCUACAAAUAACCUUCAUGUGCAACUACUCUGCAUUAGCAAAUACAUUUUAGUGAAAGGUAAUGGAGUUUGCAAUGAAUACAGUAUGUGCUAAAGGCAAUGCUCAGUGAAUUUCAAUGCAGAGGGAUGUUCAUAAAGUGGAAGGGGGGUGUCCAUGGGGUAGUGGAGCACUCCAGCCUUUUGCAAGCCAAAUUAGUAUAAAACAAACAUUAAAAAUAAAUAAAAAGAUCGUGACAAAAAAAGAAUUCACCUGCCAAACUUUUCCCACUUAAUUGUGAAGAACUUAUGCUGACAAAACCUAGUUUUUGAAUCACUUGCCUCUUAGGGCUUCUGUAGAGACACAGUUACCGAUACAGUAUUGUAAUUUUAACAUGAAGUCUACAUUAAGUAUUACAAAUACAUUAAACAGUCAGUUUUGACCGUCUAUUCCCAUUGUUGCCACAAAAUACCUGCAGCUGCUGUAGGUGUUACUAGAAAGAGAAAUAUUGUGACAAUCAGAGACUCCCUGAAGUAGGAGCGUGUUGUGUAUGAACUGUAUGUAUGUAAAGAAUGUAUAUUAAGUCUAUC